AAUAUUAGACUGGUAGAUCGGGUCUUCAUUUCCGUCUGUGUGUUUUCGCCGGUUUUGCACUUUACAAAAUUGUAAACAAAAGCACGUUAUUUUAUUGUCUGCAAGUUUGUACAACAAUGGGCGACUUGGAAAUUAAACGACGCGAACAACUUUACAGACUGAUUAUCAGUCAGUUAUUUUAUGAUGGUUAUAAAGAGCCAGCUUUUAAACUGUGUGAAAUAUUUAAGCCACAUCCAACAUGUCCUCCAUCAGACCGUCUGCUACAGAUAACCAAAGUAGCUUUUCAACUUGAAGAUGAGAAAAAUGAGAAGAAACAGGCAGAUACAGUUGCUCCAGGUUCUGGAAUAGAUUUAGAAUUUGAAACAGAAGUUCAGUCUAUAUCAGCCGAGGCAGCUCUGUAUGAAACUUGUUAUGUCACAGCUCAUAAAGGUGCUUGUAGGACGGCAGCUUUUCAUCAUUCAGGUCAGAUUAUUGCCACUGGUUCCGAAGAUGCAUCAAUAAAGAUUCUAGAUGUUGAAAGAAUGUUAGCAAAAAGUGCCACUCCAGCUGAAAUGAUCGCCAUGGAAACACCUCAGCAACAAAUGGAAAAUCACCCAGUAAUACGGACAUUGUAUGACCAUAAUGAUGAAGUUAGCUGCCUAGAUUUUCACCCAUUCCAUCAGAUUUUGGCCUCUGGUAGCAAGGAUUACAGUAUAAAAUUCUUUGAAUAUUCCAAACCAUCAGUUAAAAAAGCCUACAAAAGUAUACAGGAAGUCAGUCCAGUUCGUUGUAUAUCAUUUCAUCCAUCAGGAGAAUAUUUAUUAGUUGGUGUCAAUCAUCCUACAUUAAGAUUAUACGAUGUGAACACAUUUCAAUGUUAUGUAGCCAAUAAUCCUUCAUUUCAACAUACAGCUCCAGUUACAGAUAUCAGUUGGUCACCGAAUGCCAAUAUGUUUGUAACCUGUAGUAAAGACGGAGAUAUUAAAUUAUGGGAUGGAGUCAGUCAGAAGUGUUUUAAUACUUUUAAAAAUGCUCACGAUUCAAGAGAAGUCACAUCAGUUCUGUUCUCAAGAAAUUCUAAGUAUGUUUUAUCUAGUGGUAAAGAUUCAUUGGUUAAACUAUGGGAACUGUCAACCAAUCGUUGUUUAAUCGUUUAUACUGGUGCCGGAGCGACUGGUAGAAUGGAGCAUCGAACACGAGCCACUUUCAAUCACACAGAAGAUUAUGUUUUAUUUCCUGAUGAAAAAACAACAAGUUUAUGUUGCUGGGACUCGAGAAAUGCUGAACGUCAGAGAUUGUUAGCUUUAGGUCAUAAUGGAGUAGUAAGAAGUAUUGUUCAUUCACCAACAGGUCCAGCGUUUAUAUCUUGUAGUGAAGAUUGUAGAGCCAGAUUCUGGUACAGAAAAGCUACAACUGAUUGAAAAUCAAAUCAUGGAAUACAAAUAAAUCAAUUAAUGAGACAAUAUGCUUGACUAAAAAAAAGUCUGUGUAUAAAAAAAAAAUUGAGUCAUUUUGCAUUAAUGAUGCAUGCAUGGUGUUUGAAAUUCUCAAAUCUAGAGAUAAAUUGUCAAAUUUUGGAAUAAAUGUAUCAUAGAUCUAAAGAACCUGUGUAAAGGAUUAGUGCCAAUUUGCAUUUAUGGUGCGUUGUGUUUGAAGUUCUCAAAUCUUUGAAUACAUUGUCAAUUUAGGUAUAAAUGCAUGGAGGGAUCUUUAAUUGGAGCCAAUGUAUAUUCGUCAUGCUUGAUGCCAGUCAAAUCGUUGGCUAACUUUUUGAAUUCAGAAUAAUUAUAUACAGUAAUUUAAGUCAAUUUAUAUCAUUUGUGCUUUUAUUUCAUGUGCGAAAAGUUUCAACUCUGUGGCUGAAUAGUUUUAAAGAAACAGUAUUCAUGAUGAAAUUUAUCUUCAAAGGGUAUGAAAGUCAAUUUAUAUUGGGUAUGCUUGAUUUCAUGGUUGAGAGUUUCGAAUCUGUGGUUGAAUAUAAGAGAAAAUAAACCAUUUUUGGUAUUUUCUUUCAAAGUCUGUGUAAACUCCAAUCAAUUUGUUUCAAUUUAUUUUAGGUUUGAAAUUGUCUUGUAUUAGUAUAAUGACACUGUAUUAACUUUUGAUUUCAGUAAACAAUCAAAUUGACAUGUACAUAUUAGUCUAUAUUUUUUUUUAAUUUUGGGGCUGUACAUUCAUCCAUUGCAGUGAGUUGUAGCAUAUUUUGAAUAUGAUAUUGAAAACAACUUCUUUAAUCUCUUUAUAAGAUGCAUUCCUAUAGAAAAUAUUAGUAUUUUGUAAUUAAAUUUUCAUUCAUUCUAUUUCAUUUAUCUGUUCAUUUAGACCAUACAAAAAUAAAUAUUCUGGUUCUCAGACAGUCAUUCAAAAAAA